CGGAGCGGAAGCGGAGUGCGAGGGACGAGCAGAGUAGAAUCUCCACCAGCCGGGAGCCGGCCUCGCCCUCGCUCCCACCCCCGGCUCGCUCCAUCCCGAGCUGCGGGCUGCUCCGCGGGUGCGGGACGCCGCUGACGCCGGCUCUUCGGCUUUCCCUGCGGCGCCCCAGCUCGGAAGCCCCGCGGCCGCGGCGACGAAGCCCACGGGCAAGAGUUAAUAGAGUGGAUACAACCUUGCUGAAGAUGAAGAAUAUAUAAUAUUAGAGGAGAUUUUUUCUUUUUUUCUUUCAAAAGUCUUGAUUGUUUGGUGGCUUGUCUCUAGUUACCAUUUUUAAGUCAAGUUUUUUUUUUUCUUCAUCCGAAAUGUUUUUUACAAUCUCAAGGAAAAAUAUGUCCCAGAAAUUGAGUUUACUGUUGCUUGUAUUUGGACUCAUUUGGGGAUUGAUGUUACUGCACUAUACUUUUCAACAACCAAGACAUCAAAGCAGUGUCAAAUUACGUGAACAAAUACUAGAUUUAAGCAAAAGAUAUGUUAAAGCUCUAGCAGAGGAAAAUAAGAACACAGUAGAUGUCGAGAAUGGUGCUUCCAUGGCAGGAUAUGCGGAUCUGAAAAGAACAAUUGCUGUCCUUUUGGAUGACAUCUUGCAACGCUUGGUGAAGCUGGAGAACAAAGUUGACUAUAUUGUUGUGAACGGCUCAGCAGCCAACACUACCAAUGGUACUAGUGGGAAUUUGGUGCCAGUCACCACAAAUAAAAGAAUAAAUGCAUCAGGCAGCAUCAGAUAGCAGUGAGGAUCACCCUGAGCUGCUAUAUCCACUAUGGACUGUGCCCUGUGGCAGGAAAGGUUUUUAGUUGCUGGCUAAGAGUACUACUUUAUAAUAAAAGCUCUACACAUUUUCAAGGAGUAUGCUGGAUUCAUGAAACUCUAAUUCUGUAUAUAAAAUUUUGAAAGUUAAUAGUUUGCUUUCAGCAAGUCUUUUCAAUGCUGUACUGUUUCCUCAAAGGGAAAUUGGUAAUAUGGUUGAUGUGGUAAGCAGGUAGGCGAUUUUUGUACAAAUCUUUUGUGUUUGAGAUCAAGCUGAAACAAAACCACUGAAAGAUAUGGAUUCAUUUCUAUAAACUAUUUAUUUAAGUAUAUAACAUGUUUUUCAGACCAGUGGAGAAUAUUGUUAAAUCAUUCUUUCAUUUGUUCUCAAUAGAUGUAACUGUUAGACUAAGGCUAUUUGAAAAUGUGCUUCUAGUACUAUAUUUUGUUACUCAGAUUAUGAGCAGAGAAAGGAAAUACAAUGUUGAAAACAGUGUGUUGAAAUCGUGACCCAAAGAAUGUGUUCAUUUGCACUGUCCUUCAAAAUAACUGAAGGUUAAUUAUUGUAUAUUUUUUAAAAUUACAUUUGUGAGAGUAUAAUCCUGAAAUGGGUAGUGGCCACUGUUCAUAACCUAUUCAUUGGGGAGCAAUGUUCUACAACAUUAAAAUAGUAGUAAACGAUAAUCUCAUACUUAAAAUUUUCUUAUAUAUAUAUUCUGAAGAAUAAGAGAUAUUUUAUGAUGAGAUAAAAAUAACUGAGUGAUUUUUCACAUACAUGAAUGUUAAUUUAAAAGUUUAUCCCUUAGAGUGUGUGUGCUAUCAGGAAAGCAUAUUAUUUCCACAUUUAGAUUAUUUUUGUUUUAUAAUGUUGAUUGGGGAGGAAGGAACUGGGAGACUGGGACUCCUGAGGACUUUAGCCAGAUGUAUAUAAUAAAGGUUAAGUUGCUUGGACAAUGUUAACAUUGCUUUAUAUUAUGUAAGGGGAUCCUGCUUUGCGAAAUUUUGGAUUUGUAUGACAGACACAGUAGAUACUCAUUUUGCAUAAUGACCACUUAAAAUAAUUAAGAACAUUUAGAAUAUAAAUUAUGAAGAUUAUCUAUCUUUUCAGAAAAAAAGCUAAUGUAUAUAGCACAAGAAAUCCUAAUCUUGAGUAACUCCAGUGUAGAAUAAAGUACAGCUCUAUUUAAAUUUCCCUUGUAGCAAAUCUAAUUGCCAUAUGGUGCCCUAUAUUUCAUAGUAUUUAUUCUCUAUAAUAACUGCUUAAGUGCAGCAAGCUUCUAGAUAUAGACUAUAUUGAAUUUAGUUUUGGAUAUAGUAUUGUUCGUUAUUACAGUAUGCUGCCACAUGUAAUAGCAAUCAUUAUAAUAUUUUAUUAAAAUAAAUAUGAAAAUAUUGUUUCAUGCAAGAUUUCCAAAUUUCUGUUCUCUUCUCUGUAUUCUACCUUUAUGUGAAGAAAUUAAUUAUAUGCCAUUGCCAGGUGAAGUUUGGAAUAAUUGUUCAGUCUCUCUUGCUAGGUCUAGGUUAAGGAUAUUUUUGUUCCUUGUUUUUUUUUUUUUUAGGGAUGAAAUAAAAUAUAUUAUUUGUACUUA